UCCCAGCACUGGAGUGACACGCCAUUUAAUUGUUGCCUGGCCCACAGCUCGUCGGAAGCGAGUGGGAACCUUCAGGAGUCACGUAGUAAAGCCUCAUCCUCCAUCAGAACCAACCAGCCGCCUUUGCCCUUCGUCCUUCGCUCCAAGUCGACAUGGGGAUCCGGAAAAAGACCAACAAGAACCCGCCGGUGAUGAGCCACGAGUUUGUCAUCCAGAACCAUGCAGAUAUAGUUUCAUGCGUUGCUAUGGUUUUCCUGCUCGGACUCAUGUUUGAGGUCACCUCAAAAUUCGCAGUGUUGUUCAUCACUGUUCAGUAUAACGUCACCAUAUCGUCCAAUGGCCCUGAGGAAACUGUGAACCACUUCCACCAUGGCAUCAAAGACAUAGCCACGAUCUUCUUCUACAUGCUUGUGGCCAUCAUCAUGCACGCCAUCAUCCAGGAGUACGUGCUGGAUAAAAUCAACAGGAAGAAGCACUUCUCCAAAACCAAACACAGCAAGUUUAAUGAGUCAGGCCAACUCAGCACUUUCUACUUCUUCUCCUUCGUCUGGGGUGCAAGGAUCCUCCUCAGUGAAAACCUGCUGUCCAACCCAGUUAGCCUGUGGGAGGAGUACCCUCACUCGCUGAUGCCAUUUCAAAUGAAAUUCUACUUCAUCUGUCAGCUUGGUUACUGGCUCCACGCACUUCCGGAACUCUACUUCCAAAAGACAAAGAAGGAGGAUAUUCCUCGCCAGCUUGUGUACAUCGUUCUGUACCUAGCGCACAUCGCAGGCGCAUAUAUUCUGAACCUCAACCGUCUCGGCCUCGUCCUUCUGGUGCUGCACUAUUUUGUCGAACUUCUGUUCCAUGUUUCCCGCCUCAUCUAUUUCAGCAAUGAGAACAGACAAAUGGGUUUCAGAAUCUGGGCCGUUCUCUUUGUCCUUGCUCGGCUGCUCACUCUGUCCCUGUCGGUGCUCACGGUGGGCUUCGGCCUGGCCAAUGCUGAGAAUCAAGGCAUCGACUUGGCUACAGGAAACUUCAAUAUCCUCUUCAUCAGGAUAACCGUGCUGGCCGCGAUCUGCCUCACUCAGGCCUUCAUGAUGUGGAAGUUCAUUAACUUUCAGCUGCGCCGGUGGAGAGAGCACGCCCAGAGCCAGCCAACCAAAAAGAAACCUGUUUCUUCCAAGAACAAAACGAAGAAAGAUAAAGUGAACGGAGUAAACGGCGUCAACUCUCAUGCAGCCGAUUCACCAAAAGCAAAGAAGGAGAAGUCAUCAUAAGCAUACCCCUCUCGGCCUUCCCUCACAUUCAUCUCCCCCUGUACCUCUGCUGCUGCCUCCAACAGACAGAUCUCCUUCACCAUUACACAAGGAUAUGCAUUUCACCACCAGACUGUGACCCACCAGCUGGACUUCAGGGGUGAAUGAACUGGCUCUCCAGCUUCGCUCUUCGCCUCCUCUUCCAGCUCGCCAUGAUGUAAUGAUCAUCUCUUCACAGUGCCAUUCUCAAAUGGAGAAAAAAAAACAACACACUCACACACACCUUCUGGAACAAUCCACCCAAAAUUGUAUUUAAUAAGUGCCUAUGGAAACAGAUUGUUUUGUCCACGAUGUGUAAUUUUAAAAGCUGAUAAUGAGGACUUCAGUGUUUAUUGUUGCUCUGGUGUCAGGUCCGUUCAUGCCUUCUCUGUCACACUGUAUAUUCCAUCUUUUUUCUUCCUGUGUAUUUAUGACUGUCUCUUCAGCUUUAAUUUCUCUCAUGAGGCAUGUUCAUAUAUUUGGGAUUGAGUUCUUUUUUUCUUCUUGUAAACAGGAGCAUAAUCAUUGUUGCAAUCAAAGUAUGGAAAAAGCAAUAUUCUAUUCAUAGAUGACAAACUAAAUUAACAUUGUGUGUUGUGUAUGAAGAGCCAACAUGAAAGUGCAACCCAAACUAUUGCAUCGAAGAGCUGUUUGCAACAAACCCAGAUAUUUGAAUCUCUAGUCAUAUUUCCAUGUUUUUUUUAAAUGUGCCAAAUGAUUCAGAAUGCCUUUCACCAAGACCUGGAGCAGUUUUAAUGUAUGAAUUCCUCCUUUUUAUGAAAAAAUCCAUGACUUUUUUUAGGUUCACAGUGUUGUGUAAUGUGUCACCUCUACCUGCGCUAACUACCAGCAAUGUCUGUUUUCUCGUCCUGAUGGUUCAAGAUGACAAUAAAAAAAAAUGUUUUAUUAA